GCCGCGCUGUGGCCGAACGUUCCGGUGCGCUUCCGGCCGGACCUCGUGGCAUUCGCCGAGCGAUGGCUACGCUGCCUCAUUUCCACUUGCGCUUCUUAGCACCAAGAUGCAUCUCUCCCACUACGCUUCGAGCCAUCUUCGCACGCCAUGGAAGGCGCUCGUACAAGUCCGCCGCAGUAGCUCAACACCACAGGCUGCGCUGGUCCUCGAUCGCGUCCUCGCCGACGCCGACGUGCUCGUGCUCGAGCCCUGCGACACGGGCUUCGACCUUUACUUUGCCGACCAAGCGCGCGCCCGUACGCUCGUGACGAAGCUUCAUGCAAACUUCCCGUGCCGGACUACCACGUCGCGGACCGUCGGCAGCGCGGCUGUGCAGCACACGCAUCUCGUCGAGGUGUGUCCACUGCAGCGGUAUGACCUCGUGGUCGCCUCCAAAGCGCUCGCACUCAAGCUCAACUUGCCGCGCGUCGUCGUUGUCGCCCGCGUGAGCCAUCAGCUCCAUCUCAUCGACCCGUCGACCGGCGACGAGGGCAUCGUGACAGCGAGCAUGUACUUUCGCGACCCGCCGAUCCGCAUUCGCAUGGAGCGCGAGCCGUACAUCGUCUUGGACGCCGAGCCGGUGGAUAUCGACUACACAGGGCAGCAGUGGGGGCCAUACGACGGCGCGGUCGUCGAGCUGGAAGUCGCAAGCGCCAACGACUUGGGCGUCAACGACACGCGGCACCACGUUGUGAGUCAUCUCGGUAAAAGCGUCGACGUCGGCGACAAGGUCUACGGCUACGACCUGCGUACGAUGGUCUUUGGUCUCAAGUACCGCGGUCUCGACAAGGCAGUCGUGCCCGACAUCAUCCUCGUUGGCACAACUUUUUGCUAAUAACGUCAUCAAACUUUAUGCUGCUUCGAGUUGAAACCUUACUGCCAUCGAAGUCCUU